AUGCGCCUUCUGCGAGCCGCCGCGCUCGCCGCCCAGCUCGUCUCCACAGUCGUCGCAAGCUCGGUAGCACGUAACCCGCUCGCACGCCUCGAGGUCGCCCAGCACCCCGAGAUCCACACCUACAACCACCGCGUCACCGCCCUCUCCACCUUCGACCUCGAAUUUUCCCUCCGCGACGGCGACCGUCUACGCCUUGCCCUCGAGCCCAACCAUGACAUUCUCGCUGAAGGUGCCACCGUCGAGUACCUCGGCCCCGACGGCCAGGUCACCCACCGCGAGGAAAUCGACCGCCUCGCCCACAAGGUAUACAAGGGCCGGACUUGGGCAAAGAAGGCCGGCACCGACAAGUGGCACGACAAGGGAUGGGCUCGCAUCACGGUGCGCCGCGAUGGCGUGAAACCGCUGUUCGAGGGCGUCUUGAGCGUCGACUUUGACCACCACCACAUCCAGAUGGCCUCCAACUACAUGGCAACCAAGCACAGCCUCGACCCGGAGCUGGAGCAGACCGACGACGAAUACAUGGUCCUUUGGCGCGACUCGGAUAUCAAGGAGGACGGUUGGGAUUUGGGUCACACAGAGCUGAAGCGCGAUCUGGGGGCCAACUUUGCCUGUCGCUCCGACUUGCUUGACUUUAAUAUGCAGCCGGAGCAUCCUGUCUACGGCGCCAUGAUGAAGCGAGAUGACGGUUUCUGGGGCGCUCCUAUUGGCUCUUUCUUCUCCAAGAGGCAGCUUGACAACCAGGGUUCCGGCAACGCUGGUGGCGUCAACCUCGUACAGACCAUUGGCGACACCUCCGGUUGUCCGACAGCUAGAAAGGUUGCCCUUGUCGGCGUGGCUACCGAUUGCACCUACACGGCAUCGUUUAAUUCGACCGAAUCCGCGCGACAAAAUGUUAUUAAUGUUAUGAACUCGGCGUCAGACGUCUACGAGUCGACCUUUAACAUCACUUUGGGCUUACGAAACCUGACCGUGAGCGACCCCUCAUGUCCCGGGACGCAACAAGCUGCCACUCCCUGGAACCAGGACUGUUCGGACAGCAUCACUAUCCAGGACCGGCUCAACCAGUUCUCCGAAUGGCGGGGCACGAAGCAGGACACCAACUCCCACUGGACCCUGCUCACCACUUGCAACACGGGCUCGGCCGUCGGACUCGCCUGGCUCGGACAGGCCUGCGUGCAGGGCGCGCAGUCCUCCAACUCGACUAGCGGCGAGACCGAGACCGUCGCUGCCGCCAAUGUUGUUGCCAGGACCAACACAGAAUGGCAAGUCAUCGCCCACGAGACAGGCCACACCUUUGGCGCUGUACAUGAUUGCACCAGUCAAACCUGCUCCGACGGCACCAGCGUCAACGCGCAGCAAUGCUGCCCCCUCAGCUCGAGCACCUGCGACGCUGGCCAGCGCUUCAUCAUGAACCCCUCGACCGCCAGCGGCAUCACCAAGUUUUCGGCCUGCUCAAUUGGCAACAUUUGCGGUGCCAUGGGCCGCAGCAGCGUCAAGACGUCCUGUCUAUCCAACAACAGGGGUGUCACCACCAUCUCCGGCCAGCAAUGCGGCAACGGCAUCGUCGAGGAGGGCGAGGACUGCGACUGCGGCGGCACCGAGAACUGCGGCAACAACCCGUGUUGCGACCCGAAGACAUGCAAGUUCAAGUCCGGAGCCGUUUGUGAUGAUAGCAACGAAGACUGCUGCCACGACUGCCAGUUCGCGAGCAACGCGACCGUGUGCCGCGCGUCGGGCGGCGUGUGCGACCCAGAGGAACGUUGCACAGGUGACUCGCCUUACUGCCCAUCGGACGAAAAGGCCGAUGACGGCAAGAAGUGUGGCGACGGACUGAAGUGCGCAAGCGGACAGUGCACGAGCCGCGACCUGCAGUGCAAGACGGUCAUGGGUACGACGUACAGCAACGGCCACAACGACACGUACGCCUGCGACGACAAGAGCUGCAUCAUCAGCUGCAAGAGCCCGGAAUUCCCUAUGGGCAUGUGCUACUCGCUGCAACAGAAUUUCUUGGACGGCACGUCUUGCGGCGGCGGCGGACACUGCCAGAACGGCCAAUGCAAGGGCUCAGACCUAGGCAAAGAAAUCGGCUCCUGGGUCGACAACCACAAGGGCGUGGUAAUCGGCGUGUGCGUUGCCAUCGGCUGCAUCCUGCUCUUCAGCAUCUGCGGGUGCAUAACGCGGGCGUGCCGGCGAAGACGCCUACGCAAGUUCGCACGCCCCGCGCCGCCUGUCGCCGCGGCUUGGCCGGGUCAGCGUCCGGGUCGCAGGCAUCGCGGUCGCAACGAUAUGGUGCAGAUGACGCCUCAGCAGCCUGGCCCCGGCCAGUAUCCUCCGCCGCCCCCGCAUGGCAAUCCGUGGUAUCCGCCUCCGCCCCCACCGCAGUACGGGCCCCCGGUCGCAAGGUAUGCAUAG